CCCUCUACCUCUACUUGCAUUAUUUUGCACUUGUAGAGUUGUCCAAAUUCCAAAGUCUCCUAUGAGAGACAGAAACCUCACCCUAUUUGCCGAGAAACUAUUCGCACACCUUUUUUUUGACAAAACUAUUCGCACACCUAAUCAAUCUCUUUCUACAUAUAGUGAAAAGGAACACCUUGUGCACAAACCAAGAGCCUCAAUACCAGGCUUAAUUGACGAAACGUCAUGGGUAACUCUUCUUCUCGAGGGCGAUCAAAGCUGAGUCAGCGCCCGCAGACGACCAUGAAGUGGAGCGUCGAUGGAUUCUCCUCACUCCUUGACAAGGGUGAAGGAUGGACCUACUCCAGAGUGUUUGAGAUUAUGGGCCACAACUGGUACCUUAGACUGAAUCCAAGGGACAAGAAGAGUGGUGAUGACAAGGAGUACGUCUCUCUUAUACUUGAGCUGGAUAUCAGCUCAGUGAAGCCCGAUACUGUCGUGGAGGCCUCUUUCAAGCUGCUGAUAUAUGACCAGUCGUACGGAAACCACAGCGAGUAUCAAGUUAGGCACAAUUUUCAGACUGCAAGCACAAGCUCCGGAGCCUCUUGCAUGAUUUCCCUUGAAAAACUGAAAGAACGGCCCUCAAAGUUUAUUGUCAAUAACAGCUGCACCUUUGGUGUCGAGUUCAUCAAAGUCACCACUUCCAAAGUGAGCACGACGUCAGAAACGCUAUUUGUCCAGAAGCCGAGCAUCUUCAACGAGGCCAAAACAUACACUUGGGACAUCGAGGACUUCUUUGCACUGAAGAAAUUCGGCUACUCACCGGAGUUUGAAGUUGGAGGAUACAAAUGGUAUAUCCGUAGCCACACGUCUUGCGAUGGGAACCACCUCACCUUGGACCUGUGCAUGAAAAACACAAAUGAUCUCCCUAAUGACUCUGCGAACCUGGUGGAAUUCAGCUUGUCCAUCAAACACCAGGAAGCCGCGGGCAAUCACUGGAAACGAACAGGCCGGUGCGAGUUUACAAACAACGCUCGUCGCUGGGGAUGGAGAAAGUUCAUCUCGCUGGAGGAUUUCAAGGACUCCUCAAAUGGCUAUCUCAUGAAAAACAAGUGCUGCAUCGAAGCUGAGGUUGCAAUCGUUGGUUCAUCAAAGAUGGAGUAGUGUGUAUCCUUGUCUAUAUUUGUGGGCUGAAUCGCAAUGGUGCUGAGGUUUCUCGACGUGCGUGUAAUGUGUCUUGUAUUGUGUUUGUUUUGUUCGUGCUGAAGAUACUGAAAGUGUAAAGUGCCAAAUAAAGGUUCGGCGCCGAAGAUAUUGUUCAGUUUGCCCGCCAUCAAGGCCAUCGACCUCCCGAUCCUGGGCCUCCUCUUCGGCACCAUGGUGGUCAGCAUCUUCUGUCAUCCAUUUGUAAUGUUAAAAUUCCUGUUUUCUCGAAUACAGGACAACUGCAUAUGCCACUGCAUAUAAGUGUUUCAACA